AUGUGGUGGCAUGGCCCUGCGUGGCUGCGUGGUCCGCAGUCGGAGUGGCCUUGUCCACGAGGCUCAAUCCUUGAGACCGACUUGGAGAAACGAGCCGUCAAGGUUCACCACGCCACUGACACCGCCUCGGACAUUCUCAGCCGAUUUUCCGAAUUCGGACGCGCUCUGCGCGUGAUCGCCUACGUUCGGCGGUUCGGCCAGCGCGUCAGAGGGCAAGCAGCGCCAGUCCACGUAUCCACAGAGCUAGACAAUAAAGAGGUCGCUGCAGCUCUCCAAGCUGUCACCAUCACGACCCAACGCUUCCAUUAUACGGCGGAGCAUCGCUGUCUUGUAAACAAGCAGCCACUUCCGACUACGAGCUCUCUUCAGAACCUCAAUCCGUUCCUGGACCAGAACGGAGUCAUGCGGGCAUGUGGCCGGGUCCGAGCCUCGGCAUCCAUGACCUACAACGAGCGGCAUCCAAUCCUGUUGCCACCCGCAUGCCUCCUGGUUCGCCUGCUGGUUCGAUUCACCCAUCACGUAUCCCUACAUGGUGGGAACCAGCUGGUCAUCCGCCUUCUCCGGGCAACAUACUGGAUCCCUCGACUACGUCACGUCGUGAGGGCUGUAAUCCACUCCUGUAAGGUCUGCGUCAUCCAUCGCAAGCGACUCCAAACCCAAUUAAUGGGCGACCUUCCUUCCUCACGAGUUACAUUUUCGCGGCCGUUCACAUACACCGGAGUCGACUUCGCCGGGCCGUUCGACGUGAAAAGUUUCACAGGACGCGCCUGUCGCAUCUCCAAGGGGUAUGUGUGCGUUUUCGUUUGUUUUACCACGAAGGCCAUCCAUUUGGAGGCUACGUCCGACUUGUCCACCGACACUUUCCUAGCCGCCUUCGCCCGGUUCGUCGCGAGACGAGGCUGUCCCCACGAAGUCCACUCCGACAACGGGAGGAAUUUUGUCGGCGCAUCCCGCUCUCUGGCUGUGGACCUUCUCGAGGCCCUCCGCACUCGGACCUCCGCGAGGAGUUCGCGACCUUUCUCUCCAAUGUCUGAGGACCCAACGGACCCGUUGGCUUUGAGCCCAGGUCAUUUUCUGAUUGGUGGGCCGCUACUAUCCGUGGCAGAGCCCGAAAUUCAGGCGAGCGCCUCUUCCAUCCUAAACCGCUGGCAACACCUCAAGGCUCUCAACCAGCAAUUUUGUUCGCGCUGGAAGACAGAGUACCUGCGAGAGUUGCACAAGCGCAACAAAUGGCAGCAUCCGACAAGGGACCUCGAGGUUGGAGACCUCGUAGUGAUCAAGAAGGAAAACAUCCCCUCUCACGAAUGGCGUCUCGGCCGUGUUCAGAGCACGUAUCCGGGACCCGAUGAAAAGGUUCGCGUGGUAGACUUACUCACCGCCUGCGGCCUUAUCAAGCGACCGAUCACGAAGGUGGUUCUGCUGCCUAUGGAUUCGGAAGUCCCUUCCACCUACCCUCGCGUAGGCUCCGAUCCCUAA